GGGCCGUGGGCUGCUGGGACGCGCCGAAGCCUCUUGGAAACCUCGCCACCAAGGUCCCUGGGAACCCUGGGAACCCUGGGAACCCGAGUCCCCGUCCACUUUGCGGGUUUUGUAGUUUCUAAAUUCAGCGCGCAAGAACGGAAACAGUCCCACUGAGCCGGGCUAGGCCCCUAUGCUCACAGAACCUCAGCUUUCUUUCCUGUCGGAUGGGGACAGUGCCUGCCUUGCAGGAGGAUAUUUUACAUACAGCGACUCACUUCGGAAAUGGAGGAGAUACCCUACCAGUGAACUGAGACUACACUGAGCUAAGGGCACUAUGGCCACAUCAGCCCCUCUGCGGAGCCUAGAGGAGGAGGUAACCUGCUCUAUCUGCCUCGAUUACCUGCGGGACCCUGUGACCAUUGACUGUGGCCACGUCUUCUGCCGCAGCUGUACCACAGAUGUCCGGCCCAUCUCUGGUGGACGUCCUGUCUGCCCGCUCUGUAAGAAGCCUUUUAAGAAGGAAAACAUCCGACCUGUGUGGCAAUUGGCUAGCCUGGUGGAGAACAUUGAGCGGCUGAAAGUGGAUAAGGGCAGGCAGCCUGGAGAAGUGGCCCGGGAACAGCAGGACACAAAGUUAUGUGAGCGGCAUCAGGAGAAGCUGCACUACUAUUGUGAGGACGAUGGGAAGCUGCUGUGUGUGAUGUGCAGGGAGUCACGGGAGCACCGGCCACACACAGCUGUCCUGGUGGAGAAGGCCGCCCAGCCCCACAGGGAAAAAAUUCUGAACCACUUGAGUACCCUCAGGAGAGACAGAGACAAGAUUCAGGGCUUUCAGGAGAAGGGAGAAGCUGAUAUUCUGGCUGCAUUGAAGAAGCUGCAAGAGCAGAGGCAGUACAUUGUUGCAGAGUUCAAGCAGGGCCACCAGUUCCUGAAGAAGCGGGAGCAGCAUCUGUUGGACCAGCUGGCCACCCUAGAGCAGUUGCUCACAGAGGGUAGGGAAAAGUUCAAGACCCGGGGCGUCGGGGAGCUUGCCCGACUGGCUCUGGUCAUAUCUGAGCUGGAGGGCAAGGCACGGCAGCCAGCUGCAGAACUCAUGCAGGAUGUCAGCUCUACACAGGAUACCAGAGACUUUGUGAAUAGGUAUCCACGGAAGAAAUUCUGGAUUGGGAAGCCCAUCACUCACAUGGUUAAAAGAAAGACUGGAGAAUUCUCAGAUAAACUUCUCUCUUUGCAGCGAGGCCUGAGGCAAUUCCAAGGAAAGCUGCUGAGAGACUUGGAAUAUAAGACUGUAAGUGUCACCCUGGACCCACAAUCAGCCAGUGGGUACCUGCAGCCAUCAGAGGACUGGAAGAGUGUGACUUACACCAGCCUGUACCAGAGUGUCUACCAGCACCCCCAGCAGUUUGACUGUGAGCCAGGAGUGCUAGGCAGUAAAGGUUUCACCUGGGGCAAGGUGUACUGGGAAGUAGAGAUAGAGAGGGAGGGCUGGUCAGAGGAUGAAGAAGAGGGGGACGAGGAGGAAGAGGGGGAAGAGGAAGAGGAGGAAGAAGAAGCUGGCUAUGGGGAUGGAUAUGAUUGGGAGACAGAUGAAGAUGAAGAAUCACUUGGGGAUGAAGAAGAGGAGGAGGAGGAAGAAGAGGAGGAAGUUCUGGAAAGCUGCAUGGUGGGGGUGGCCAGAGACUCUGUGAAGAGGAAGGGAGAUCUCUCUCUGCGGCCAGAGGAUGGGGUGUGGGCUCUGCGCCUCUCUUCCUCAAGCAUCUGGGCCAACACCAGCCCUGAGGCCGAGCUCUUCCCAGCACUGCGGCCCCGGAGAGUGGGCAUCGCCCUGGAUUAUGAAGGGGGCACCGUGACUUUCACCAAUGCAGAGUCACAGGAACUCAUUUAUACCUUCUCUGCCACUUUCACUGGGCGCCUCGUCCCCUUCUUAUGGCUCAAGUGGCCAGGAACACGCCUCUUGCUGAGACCCUGAGCCUAACACCUGUUCUCAGCCCCACACCCGUGGAUGUGUCACUUCUCUGAGAUCCCAGGACUCUGAUAGGGGAGGUGCCUGGCCGAGCACCUGGAGCAGGGCAGAGGAGGAACCCCAUGGCCACUGCCACGCACCUCCCCAUCACCGUGGCCCUCAAGACUUCACUCAGUGCUGUCACUCUGUCUGUAAUGCCCUCAUCAGGCUCUUCUGCCUCUUGCUGGUUUCCUGUGGGACCUUCUGGCCCUGAAGUCCUUGAGGGCUCCCUUUCUUCUUUUUAACUACCCUAUGCUCUUAUCUUUGUGCUCUUUGUUGAAUAAGGGGCCAAGGAAGGAUUUUCUGGUCCAAUAUGGCAUCCUGCGCCAGCUAGUCUUGGGAGGGACCAUCAUUUACACCUGAGACCCAUUUUGUUGCCCUCAAACCUUUUAGGUUUCCCUUGCCAAAACUCACUCAGCUGUCCACCUUCCCUGGCAUUUUACACAAACCUGCUCCCACCUCAGCUCAGAUUUAAACAUACAUGAAAAUGCUAGAAAUAAACUGAAAAAAAACAGAGACUUCCCAGGCCAUUUAGGUUGGCUGCCUGGAAUGCUGGUAGGAAUUAUGUUCUCACAGAAGGUUCAGGACAAAGUCCUCUAAAAUCAAGCUGGGUGUAUGAGGUUUCCAUAGCUAAUAGGUGGGACUCCCAGAGCCUUGGGGGAAGGCUUUGGGAUAACAACUGUGAUAACAAGAAAUCAACUGUGUGGAUUGGUCCUUAUAAGGAGAAAUUUUUUUUAAAAGAUCUAGAACAUCUUGUUCUUGAUUCCUAUAUCUAAAAACACCAGAGCAGAUGCCCAAGACAGCAAAUCCUCCCCUGCUAAGGGGACUCUCAUCAUUUUUUCCAGGGGUGUUAGGCUUUUGUCAUUGGCCACUCAAGAGUUCAAGCUCAAUUCUCUAGAGUGGAGGGCAAGACAAAAGCUUUGAGGAAAGGGAAGGAAAAUAGGAGUCCACAUCAAGCCUUUUAGAUCCUCGUGUCAGGGAAGAGAUCAAGGUAUCUCCUCACUGCCUGUGGAUUCAACCCUUGGUCCAAAUGCCCCUAGCUCCCACAGUUUAACACAAGCUCACUGCUCUAGCCAAAGUGUUGUCCCAGUUUUUGUCCUUUCCAAUUUAAGUGUUCCACCAGUCCCCUGCUUACCCAAGCAUUGAUUCCUCCCCUCUGGAGGAUUGAUUGCUCCCUUCCACUCUGGUUCUCAGUGGUCUCUUAGCUACCAUAUUGUCCCAGAGUGGCCCACUUUGUAUGUAUCACAUGCUGCCUGAGUCACAUGUACAUCUUAUUUCUGUAUCUAGUUUGUAAGCUCCUCAAUGGUGGAUACCAUCCCUUAAUACUUCUCUUAUAGUCUCCAUGGCACCUAGUGCCGUGCUGGGCACAGAGUAGGUGCUCAAUAAAGACUUGUUGAAUGAACAACCUGGAGAUAACGUAUAUAUUUAUUAUGACAUAGAGGUCACCAUACUUAUUGUGGCUUCAAAGAGCUUCUAUUGAUACUAAUAUCCCAGAGUUUUCUUUUGUUUCUAGAACUCUUGACUGCUUUCUAUCUUCUCUUUGCACACAUACUAUCCUUUCUGUAAAUCCCCAAAGAAGAGCCUUCCAUAGACACAGAUGGUUUCACCUUGUUCUUCCUCUCCUGUAGUUCCUUGAGCUAGGUCUAGCAGUAAGUGAUCCACCUUGAGAAGGGUGGUAGCAGCUGGUAUACCCAUAUUCUUGGGAAAUUGAUGCCCCCAAGAAAAUGCCAUCUAUAGCCAGUCUUGGCUGCAUUCAGUAUUUAGCCACUUCUAAAUUUUUGAAAUUGCCAUUUUAAAGACAGAAACAGAAAGAUUCUACAAAACUACCUCUGAGAUGACACUAAUGGCAAAGAGCAUAUUUCCUCCCUGUACUCCCAUUUGGGGACUCAAAUUUUCCAUUUUUAUUUUUUAAUGUGCAUUAGUGUUUUAUGAACUAUGCCUACAUAAAUGAUCAACUUUCUGUAGUGCUUCCAAAAAGAGCAAUCCCCUGCUUCAUUCCUCUCUCAAUAAACCUGGUUCAUCUUUUUUAAGCAGACUAUUAGUGUUUAUUUUCAAUUCUUAAUAACUUGAGUUUAGGGACUUAUCCCCUGAUUUCCCAUUGUAAGGGAGGAAGAUUUAGUUUUCUGCCCUCAGUGUACACACUUUCCCACCUAUCCCCAGCCCUUCAAUGUGGUCCUAACAUUGAAUAAGUAACCAGUCUGUCUAUUAUUAUGUCUGAGUUCCUGCACAAGUUUUUGUCUUCCCUGGAGUCAAUAACUGCUCUCCCCACCACUUCUGCUUUAUUUCCUGUGACUUUAUUACUACUCUAACCCCUCCCCAGUUGCUAAAGAUCUCAAAAUGCUCUUAUAAUUUUGUCUGAUGCCUCUCUUCUGAAGCCUCCUGACUUUGAAUCUGGAGCCAUUGCUCCCUCACCUGUGCACGGCUUCCUGCAUCUCCCUUCAACAUCAUAUUGAGGAUCCUGGGUUGGCUGCAUUUCUUUGUCUUUUGUCUUCCCUCCUAAUUUACUUCAUUUUGAUGAAGCAUCAUCUAGUAAUUUCCUGAGAAAAGGUACCUGUAAGUUAAAUCUUCUAAGUUGAAUAUCUGGAAAUAUCAUCCCACUUUCACAAUUAAAGAGUUUUGCUAAGUAAAGGAUUCUUGAGUGGAAAUAAUUUUACUUAGGAAUUUCAAAGGAUGGCUCCACUGCCCUCUGGCUUCCAUCUUUACUGUUGAGAAUUCUUGUGGACCUUGGUUCCUGAUCCUUUGAUUGUGACAUGCUGUUUACUGGAGGUUUGGGUGUUUUAUCUAUGUCCUCACUUAGAUUUCUUGAUGUACCUUUGUAUGUUUUUUCCCUCUCCUUGUGCUGUAUAACUCAAUGAGCCUUUUGUGCAAGAGAUUUAUAGUCUUUUGGUUUUGGGAAAUUGUAUUGAACUAUUUCUCGAUGAUUUUUUCCUCCAUUUUUUACCUGUUUUCUCAAAUUGAUUAUCUGCAGCCUUCACAUACCUCCUGAGUGCAUUUAUAGAGUACCCAUGAUAUGCCAGAACAUUUCUAGGUUAUAACAGUGAUAAGGGUAACAGAGUUCUGCACUCGUGGAGUUUAUAUUCUACUGGAGGGAAAUAGAUGUGAUAGAAAAAAUGAAUGUGAACAUGUUUUGAAUAUGUUUUGAGGUUAAGGUCAACAGGACUUUCUUGGAAAUAAUCAGAAAAAAAAAUGAACUGGGGUUUUGAAUAAGGAGACAGAUGAAAGUUAAGAAGUAGGUUUAGGAGCAAUAGUAAUAAAAGUCAACAGUACUGUUUUGCUUAUGCUACAUUUGAGAUAAUCCACUGGGCAUCUAAGUGGAGAAGUCAAGCAGUUAAUUGAUUAUAAGAAAUCAGGGCUAGAACAACUGGAUUGGGAGGAUAGAUAGACAGAUGCCACUUAAAUUCAUGGAAUGAGUGUGAAGAUCAUAACUAGAAUGGGUCCAUACUGAUCCUUGGCCUUUGAUAUAUAGAUUGGCCAGGCAAAAAAGCUGGCAAAAGGAAUAGAAGCCACAGCCAGUUGGGCAGAAAGAGGCCAAUAGCAGAGGAGAAGAGACGAUGUUUAAAGGAAGGUAUGGCCAACUAUGGUGCUCCUGAGAAGUCAUGGAGGUGACAGCGGGGAAGUGAUGGCUUUGGCCAUGUGGAGAGGAUGGAAGAUGAAAUGGAAAAAACAAUUGUAACAUUAAAAAAAAUUAGCAUAAAAUGGAUGCUAAUUGUUGGAACACUAGAUGGAGGGCCUGUGUCAUAUAUGGUACCCUCUGCACCCUACCCUGUCACCUGAAAGGAUGAUCUCUGUGGGAUGUAUUAACCAGGGUCUCUUGCCCUCUGUCUUCUAAUUGGGCUUAGCUAAUGCAUCAUACCUGCAGAACAUCCAAGGGUGGGAGCAGAGAAGCUGGUGUUUGUUCCCCUUCUUGUCCUUUGCCAGGAGUUGGCUAAUGCUAUUCUCUUCUAUCUUAGGCCACAGCUCCUGUUGGAGCCACAGGUCUCCAAGUUCCAUUGCUGCUCCUCCCUUACCCUUUCAGAGCUGGGGUCAGUAACUGCACUUGCCAACCCAGGAAUGCUUCGCUGUUCCUUGGUUUGCCUUAACCCUACAUGCAUCUUUUUAAAUAGUUCCUCCAUUAAAUUCUCCUUAAGUACUCCUUUUGGGCAGUGGUCAUGGUAACAAAUUAACUUUCAGGUGGGGGCAAUGGAGGAAAGAGGAGGAAGGUGGAAAUGAGACAUGCUGGGUUGAGUGUGGAACUAAGGAGACUGCUUGUGCUACACAUUUUUUAGGAGGAUGAGCAAAGAAGGUUCCUUAAAGCCUGGUUGUUAUAUUUACAUUAAAGUCUGUGAGAAUAAACAUGAUGAGAUAAGA